CACAACCGUCGCCGGGCAAGCAGUACAAGUACGCCCCACAUGCUUCUCUCUCGGAGUUGGGGACAGGACAGCCUACCGAAAUCUCUCUGCUCGGUCUUCCUUCACUCUCUCUCAUAGUCUCAUGCAUGCAUGGCUCCCACUGCCCAUCAUCAGGUAAGGCACGCACCACCAGCACGCGACGCAUGCACGCAAAUGGGAUGGGAUCAUCACAUGCGCCACCACUGCUCGUCACGGCUAAGCCGCCGCCGCCGCGCGUUUAUCUGCUUCACCUGCUGCAGGCAGCGCGGGACGAUGAGCUGGAGAAGAGCCGCCGCAAGCCCGGCGGCGGCGGCAAGGCGGCGGCGGUCCGGUGCCACCCGGUCCUGGCGGAGGAGCGCAAGGCGUCCAUCAGGGGCGUGGUGGGCGACCUGCUGGCCAUGGCGGGCGGCGGCCGGAGGAGCCUCAUCUCGCUCGGCGUCGGCGACGCGUCCUCCCACGCAUGCUUCCGCCGCGGCGGGGAGUUCGCCGCCGAGGCCGUCGCCCACGCCGCCUUGUCCGGCGCCUUCGACUGCUAUGCGCCGUCCUUCGGCUUCCCCGACGCCCGCCGCGCGGUCGCCGCCCACCUGUCGACCGGCGCGGUGCACCGCACGCACGAGGCCGACGUGUUCAUGACGGCGGGCGGCACGGGCGCGAUCACCGCCAUCGCCACGGUGCUCGGCGGCGCGCCGGGGGCCAACGUCCUGCUGCCGCGCCCGGGCUUCGCGCCGUACGAGGCCGCCUGCGAGGUGGCCGGCGCCGAGCCCCGGUUCUACGACCUGCUGCCGCGGCGCGGCUGGGAGGCCGACCUCGCCGGCGUGCGCGCGCUGGCCGACGCCGCCACGGCCGCCCUCGUCGUCAUCAACCCCAACAACCCGUGCGGCGCCGUCUACUCCGCUCACCACCUCCGCCAGCUUGCUGAAACCGCAAGAGAGUUGGGGAUUCCCAUCGUAGCAGACGAGGUGUACGCACACAUGGUCUUCGGCGGCAGCAGGUUCGUGCCCAUGGCCUCCUUGGCGCACAUCGCGCCGGUCGUCAGCAUCGGAGCUCUGUCCAAGAGGUUCAUGCUGCCAGGAUGGCGUCUCGGUUGGCUGGCCUUCUGUGAUCCCAACGGCGCGCUCAAGCAUGUCAGGGCUGCGACCGAGAUGCUGCUCAACGUGACUUCUGGCCCUGCCUCCAUAGUCCAGGCGGCGGUUCCCAAGAUCCUUUCAGCUGAACACCAUGAGUUCCAUAGGAAUGUUGUUCACCUGCUCGAGUCUGCAGCUGAUGCUCUGUACAGAAGAGUGAACCAAAUCGAAGCCCUGCGGUGCUACUCCAAGCCUGAAGGCUCAAUGUUUAUGAUGGUUGAGAUCAACACUUCAAUUCUACAUGGCGUCGCCAACGACAUGGACUUUGCUCGUGAGUUGAUCAAAGAAGAAUGUGUCCUGGUUCUACCUGGUUCUGUCAUUGGGUUGAAGAACUGGGUUAGGAUAUUUUUCGGAGCACCUGUUAGUUUAAUACUAGAAGCUUGCGACAGGAUUGAGAUGUUCUGCCGAAGGAGGACGCUCAAGCAAAACAACUGAAGAGCUGAAAAUGUUUUGAAACCAGGAAGUAGGGUUUUUGUUAGCCCAGUAACAUAUAUAUACAGCUUCGAUUUAUUUUCCAAUGCACAUUCUGAGGUUUGCAUAUAGAAAACUGAGAACAGAUGCUUGUCUAUAGUUAAAAUAUAUGUUAUACAUAAUUCCAGGAAAUGGUGUAAACAUUUAUCAUUUCUUUACUUGUGCCUUCUACUUCACAGAUGCAUUAAGGUUA